AUGGCUUUAUCGGAAGGACUUGAAAACAAGGUCAGAAAGGCUUUUCGAUUUUUCGAUCUUGACAAAGAUGGAAUUCUGACUAGAGAGGAGAUGAUUAAUAUCGCUCACAAAAUAUCCGCCUUGAGUAACGCCACGAAGGAAGAAGCCGAAGUCACUCGUAGAGAAUGGACCAAGUGGUGCGACUUCCUCUUUCCUGAAGGUCAAAUCACUGAGGACGACUACAUUGAACGCGGCAAGAAAAUGUUUGACAAGGAUGGAGCAAAGAUAAAGGCGGAAGACUAUACCUGCUAUAACAACGUUUUCGAAAGAUUGGAUUCCAACAAAGACGGUUUUAUUUCCCCAGAAGAGUUGCGGAUGUACUACAAGGCGUUUGGUUAUGGCGAAGACUACGACAUAGACAAAGUCUUCCAAUCUUUGGACUCAAACAAGGAUGGAAUGAUCAGCCGAGAAGAGUUUGUGAAGGCGACGGUGGAUUAUUGGACAACAGACUCUGGUUAUGAGUUUUUCUACGACGUGCCUCGAAAAUAG